AUGGUUCUAAAAGUGCAACAGCAGCCCUGUGGAUGCAAGUGUAACCCAGAUCAGCAGUCAUCGGCCCCUCCCUCUCCCCCUGCAACAGCAGAGUGGAGGGAGGAUGGGCCAAACAGCCGAGUGGAGGGAGGAGGGGCUGUUCUCAAACUGAAAGUAAAACACGCAAGACGUGAGAACAUUGCAGCGGCGCUGAAAGAAGCUGUGGCUUCUUGGAACCUGGACGAGGAACAUCUUGUCUGCAUAACGUCAGACAAUGCUGCAAACAUAGUGAGGGCAGCUUCCUUGAACAAAUGGACCCGGCUGCAGUGCUUUGGACACAGGCUGCAUCUUGCAGUUGAAAAUGCAGUGAAAAAGAGUGAUAAGAUUGACCGUGCUCUAAGUAUCUGCAAGAAGCUUGUGGGUCACUUCUCGCACAGCUGGAAGGCCAGAGCUGCUCUUGAAGAUGCCCAAAAGGAACUCAAUCUACCUUCACAUUCCCUCAUAACAGAAUGCCAAACAAGAUGGGGCUCCAGACAGAUGAUGAUCAGCAGGAUCCUGGAGCAACAGAGGGCUUUAGCUCAGGUCCUGUCUAAGGAUAAGAAGACGCGGCAUUUAAUCCCAACCUGGCAGGACAUAGAUGUACUCGAAUCUGUCAGUAAGUCACUGGACCCACUGCUUGACUUCACUGAUGCACUUUCAGGUGAGGACUACAUCAGUAUCUCCUGUCUCAAGCCUGUUCUUCACCUCUUCAACACACAAUUACUGCAAGGGCAAGAUGAGGAAACAGACCUGACCAAGAAGUUGAAAAAAGAGAUGUUGGACUAUAUAAAUGAGAAAUAUGAAGAUAAAGCCACGCAGGAGCUUCUAGAUAUUGCAUCUUGUUUGGACCCCCGGUUCAAGAUGGAUUUCAUCGAUGCAGACAAAAAGCCUCAAGUCAAGGCUAGAGUGACCACAGAGCUAAUGGAAUGCCAUGCCCAGACCUCUUCAGCACUCUUCAGUGCUGCAUCAAGCAGCAGCACUGAAGAAAAUCCCACAGUUGCUAACCCGCCCCAGGAAAAGAAAUCCAAGAAGUCCUUUGGAGGUUUCUUCCAGUCAAUACAGAGCAAAGCUGGAGCAGCAGGCACUAGCUCCUCUCUGACCUUAAGGGAAUCUGUGGAAGCAGAGUUCAACAACUACCUGCUAACACCUUGCAUAGAUAAAGAUCAAGAUGCACUUGCAUGGUGGAAAAUUUACCAAAUAAACUUUCCAAGACUCUCCAAGCUUGCCUGCAAGUAUUUAUGCAUUCCCGCUACGAGCUCGCCAUCAGAGAGGCUAUUCAGUGCAAGUGGGAACAUUGUCACAUGCCAACGUUCCUGUCUCAAACCCGAAAUGGUUGACAAACUGGUAUUCUUGGCCAAAAACCUGUGAAAACCAGUUGAGGAUUGCCGAAUGAAGCUGGGCGAGAUGUUUACCAAACACAGCUGUAGGGACGACUUUUGUUUUUCCUUCUGUGACAGCAAUAAGCUAUCUAUUUGUCAUGUUUAAUUAAGUUGUUGUUAGGUUAUGUUUACAAAUUUGUUGUUUUAAAGAGCUUUUUAUUUGUUGUUAUAUUUUGAGAACAACUCAGGGGACUUAUGCACCUGUUCUUUAACUUAUUAUAUUUAAUAUUUUUUUUUAAAUAUGUUUACAACUUUGUUAUUUU